UCUUUUAAUCCAGAGGAGCUGUGAAGGAUUUACGAAACGCAAAAACUGAAAUCGAAUUUUGAUCACAAAAAAAGCGAAUCGCGAUAAUCUAAUGGUGUCUCUAAACGCUAGACCUGCUCCAUUCUUCGAUCCCGUGAGCAUGAGUCUACCGGGUCUCGAUUCUUCGAACUCCGAUGAGUUCGGUUUGACUCCGAUUGCAAGGAGGGAAACGGCGUCGUUUGGAGAGGAUACGGCGACGAAGAUUCGGAAGCCGUACACAAUCAAAAAGUCGAGAGAGAAUUGGACAGAGCAGGAACACGAUAAGUUUCUAGAAGCUCUCCACUUAUUCGAUCGUGAUUGGAAGAAAAUCGAAGCAUUUGUUGGAUCAAAGACAGUUGUCCAGAUACGUAGCCACGCACAGAAGUAUUUUCUCAAAGUUCAGAAGAGCGGUGCUAACGAACACCUUCCUCCUCCACGACCUAAGAGGAAAGCUAGGCACCCUUAUCCUCAAAAGGCUCCUAAAAAUGUUGUUCUUCCCUCCCACGCCAUUGGUUCCAUCCCUGCUUCAAACGCACCCUUGCUUCAACCUGCUUACUUGUACAGCUCUUCUGAUUCACAGUCACUUCUCGGAAACCCUGCGUCUAGCUCUUGUUCUUCUCAGAAUCAUGCAUCAAUAAAUCUACCAAAUCCCGUGAUUCAAGAGGAACCUGGAGUCUCGGCCGCGGCUCUCCCAAAGAAUCACUGUUACAGCACCAGUAAUAAGGAAGUUACGCAGAGAUUACGAGCGGUGACAAAGCCGAAUGAUGAAGAAAGUUGUCAAAAGCCAUAUAGAGUGAUGCCGAAUUUUGCUGAAGUCUACAGAUUUAUUGGAAGUGUGUUUGAUCCCAACACAUCAGGUCACCUCCAGAGGUUGAAGCAAAUGGAUCCAAUAAAUAUGGAGACAGUUCUUUUACUGAUGAGAAACCUAUCUGUAAAUCUGACAAGUCCAGAGUUUGCAGAACAAAGGAAGUUGAUAUCAUCAUACAGCAGUAAAGCUUUGAAAUAGAUAUUGGAAAAAGCAACAAAAGACCUUAUGAGAGCCAGAAUUACUCAUUCACUGGAAAUAGAGGUUGAGUUUUCGUUGGAUGAGCAAAUAAACUCUUAUAUGCCACUUAAGUUAUUGUUUGUGUCUCCGAAGUCUUAGUUUAAGCGCACUUGGUUUGUCCAAUAUUGUCUAUAUUCGUAUGGGUGAUAGAGAGUUUUGCAGAGCUAUAUAUAUAUGUAUAGAUAUAUGUGUAUAAGGGCAAGAUUUGUAAGUGAAUCUUUAAGUUUGGAUCAACAUCAGGUCUUUAGUCGAAAGUCUCUGUGAAGAGACCCUGAUAUUGGUUUCGUCGGCGCAAAUAUAGUUUUUAUUUUUGGGAAGUCGAGAUAGAGUGAGAUACUGUGGGAAAAACUUCAAAAAUACUUGAAGUUAACAUGUGCUGCAAACGAAUUUUUUAGGCUUGUCAAAAACAAUAUACGUUAUUACAG